AUGGUGUGGGAGACGCUGGUCAAUCUGGUGUGCAGGCCUCCGAGGUACAGCUACGAUCCGGAUGAGGUGCUGGGACCCAAGAGGUUCAGGAUCGACGGAAGGCUGUUCGAGCGGGUGGACGUGGAGGUAAUGAACAAGCGUCGGCAACGUCUCAAGUGCAGCCACUACAUGCCUGUGCUCGAGGGGACGAGGGCUGGGCACACGACCAAGUUCCCGUGUGUCAUCUACUGUCACGGAAAUUGUGGCAGUAGAGUAGACGCCAGCGACUGCCUCGACCUGCUGCUCCCUCAGAUGAUAUCAGUCUUCGCCUUCGACUUCUCAGGCUCCGGCCUCUCCGACGGAGAGACCAUCUCGCUGGGCUACUACGAGCAAGACGACCUGCUGGCCGUUAUCGAGUACUUGCGUGAAAGUGGACUGGUCUCGAGGAUCGGCUUGUGGGGGAGGAGCAUGGGAGCGGCGACGAGCGUGUUGGUCGCUGCUCGGGAUCCUUCCAUCGCUGGAAUGGUACUCGACAGCGCCUUCUCUUCGCUGACUCAAGUCAUGUACGAGCUCGCCAACCAGUACAUGAAACAAGUCAAAGUGCCUAAGAUUCUCAUCAACGGUGCGAUCUCCGUCUUGCGCAAGUCUGUCCAGAAGAAGGGGAAUUUCGACAUCAGGCAUCCCAAUCUAUUGAAAGAUGUGAAUCCAGAGGACGCAGCCGACAAGUGCUUCAUUCCGGCUUUGUUUGCGCAUGCUGACGGCGAUGAUUUCGUUCUUGCGCAUCAUUCCAAGCAACUGUAUGAGAGAUAUGCUGGGGACAAGAAUAUCAUCACCUUUGGUGGAGAUCACAACAGCCCACGGCCUGCUUUCUUUUUUGACUCAGUCGGGAUUUUCUUCUACAAUGUUCUGAUUGAAAACGCGGAGUAUGAGGACAUAGAACCGGGGUCGAGCGCAGUGGAGGGGAGAAGCAUGAUGGACUAUGGCGCCAGCUCUGCUUCUCAAGCUCCUGAAUACCAGCGAAUGAGGCAGUCGCCGUCCAAGGAGUCGCUCGCCAACACCUGGGGAGAUUCGCACGCUCUGGAAGCGGUCUUCUCACCUUUUGAUGAGAAGAAGCAGGGAGAAGACGGAGUCAUGGAAGCUCUCAAGUCAUCUCUUCGGGAGAUGGAAGCUGAACUUGGAUCCAACGACCCUAACGUGACAGAACUGAAGAAGAUGUUGCGGGAGUAUGAAUCCAGAUAA